AUGGAUAUCCACCGCUCUCGAUUCGUGGCCUACCCGUCAUCGGCCAUCAACGCGCUUUCAUUCUCGAGAUCAAGCGACAAGAACUACACGGAUCCUAGACCUGCGCUCAAGCUCGCCCUCGGCCGCGCAAAUGGAGACAUAGAAAUCUGGAGUGCCGACAAAGGAGACUGGGUGCAAGAGUCGGUCUUUCCCGGAGGUUCGAAGAGAAGCGUAGAUGCUUUGGCAUGGAUUCAAGAGCCCGACGAUACAGACUAUGAGGGACACACAAUUCUCGGCCAACUGCGCCUGUUCAGUAUUGGCUCGACAGCUGCCGUGACGGAAUGGGACUUGACGACAGGCAAGGAAUUGCGCUCGUCGACAGGCAACUUCAGCGAGGUCUGGUGUUUCGCCGCCCAACCGCGCUGGCGUCCCAGCAAGGCUUCGCGUGACGACGAGUUUCGUGGCCAAAACCUGGUUGCUGGCACGGGCGAUGGCACUCUCGCAAUCCUCUCGACCGAGGAGAACGAUCUCGUUUUCAAGCGAUUCCUGGCCCGUGGCGGAAACCGCAAGACUCGAUGCAUGAGCGUCACCUGGAAAGACAGAGACACAGUCGUUGCCGGCUUCACCGACAGCACUAUCCGUGUUUACGAUGUGCGCAACGGCUCUCUGUUGCGCACCCUCAGCUUGGGAGCAGGUGUCCCUGGUGCUCCUCGCGACACUCUGGUCUGGAAGGUCAGAUGCUUGCCCAACGGUGAUAUUGUGUCUGGCGACUCAAAUGGCCAGCUCAAAUUCUGGGACGGAAGAACCUACACCUUGUCGCAAAGCGUCAGUGGCCACGACUCGGAUUGUCUGGAUCUCGUUAGCAGCACUGAUGGUACCACGGUCUUCUCGGGCGGCAUGGACGGUCGCAUUGCCGUGUACAAGUUGGGCGGCAAGGAGGGUGACAAGAGAAGGUGGGCAAAGACCAGCCACCGCCGCAUGCACGAGGGUGACAUCAAGGCCAUGGCUGUUUACGACUCGAAGCACAUGAGCGUUGUACUGUCAGGAGGUCUCGAUACCACACCUUUCGUCAUCCCGCUCCGCAACUUCAACAAGGAGAACCACCGCAGACUCCCUGGUCUACCGCAGAACCCCGUCCUCGCUUCUUGUCCGCAGCAGCGUAUGCUUGUCAGCUGGGCUGAGAGUGAAAUCAGCAUCUGGCGCAUGUACAAGCAGGGCGACGAGCGCAUCCCCGUACCCGAAGACACCAGAAAACUCCUUACUCGUAUCCUCAUCGACUCGAAAGAAGCCAUCACAUCCGUCGCCAUCUCCCCCGACGCUUCUCUCCUCGCUGUUUCUACCAUCGACUCGGUGAAGCUGUUCCAACUCUCCUGCACCGAAGACGGCGAAGACCGCCUACGAGUCCGCAAAAUUUCCGCUCUCGAAUCCAUCGCCGAGAACGGUGCCCGUUUGAUCACUUUCUCGCCUGAUGGAAGAUGGCUAGCAGCAGUAACACCGCAGAGCGAAGUCUGCCUAGCAAGAGUAGAGGACAACACAGACAAGCCCACUUUCCUGGACGCAAACGUCGAAUUGGAACGUCAAUCUCGCAAGGUCACAAUCCAGACAGGCCUCAAGAAGUACGAGCGCACAAUCAACAGACUGGCCUUCUCGCCUGACAGUGCUGUUCUGGUUGCAAGUGAUCUUUCAGGCUACCUUGAUAGCUGGGUACUCGAGGGACACUACGACUCGACUGCCCCCGCCAUGGAUACUGCUGCAAAGUCUUCAUCAGGCUCGGACAAGGGCACUGAUUCUGACGACGACAGCGACAGUGAUGACGAUGACGAGACGACCAUCUUCUAUGGUCAGCACUGGGCAGACAACCCGUCAGCCAACCUGCUUCCCAAGCUUGAUUCUGCACCCCUCGUUCUUUCCUUCCAACCACUCACACCAGCCCAACAGGACGAGCCCAUCACGAACGGCAAUCCUGGUGUUCAUCCUACUCGCAACAACCCUCACCCUCAUUCUCACGCCCUUCCCAACACGAAAUCUCCUCUCUUCAUUAUCACAUCCCACCACCAAGUCUACACAUUCGACGUCUUAAGCGGACGCCUAACGGAAUGGUCACGUAGAAACCCUACGAGUGUCUUGCCCGCCGAGUUCCAGACCAUCAAGGAUCGUGCCAUGGGUGUCGUAUGGGACGCCAAUGAUGCUCGUGCUCGUGCCUGGCUGUACGGUGCCAACUGGGUCGGUAUGCUCGAUUUGUCACAAAACUACGAGCCCUCGAGUCGCAAGCGUCGCGAGAGUAACAAAUGGGGCAAGCUCGCCGAACAGCGCAAGAAGGCAAAGGGUAUGGGCGGUGCUGGUGACAAAGCCGCAAGUGGGGAGACAAAGGGUGUCGUUGACGAGAUCCGCCGUAUUGAGGACGGCAAAGUCAUCGAGCUCACCAACGGCACCUCUCACGAGCAAGAUUUGGAUGACGAAGAAGCAUUGGACGAUGCAGUGGGUCCUCUGCGUCGCGGCAAUGAUGACGCAGAAGUAGACACGAAUGGGGGCGCAGAUGGUGCCUUGGCUGUCACCUCAGCAGGCCGAAGGAAAUGGUGGUGUACAUACAGAUACAGACCUAUAUUGGGUAUGGUGGCUAUGGGCGAAAAGACAUCAGAUGCGGAUGAAGAACAGCCUGAAGCCGUAUUGGUGGAGCGUCCGCUAUGGGAU